AUGGACAUGAAGAACCCUUAUGAUGUUUCUUCUUCUUGUAUGCUUCUUGAGGCCACUGGUGACUCUGAAGUUGAUUGUAGUCCCAUUAUGGGUGAUCAUGCUUUUGAAUUUGGCAGAGCUGAUGAUGAUGAUGCUCAGUCUUGCAGCUAUGAUAAUUCUGAGACUUUUAGUGCUGCUGAGCUAGAUGGAUAUGAGUCUUUGAAUGAUGAUGAUGGAGAUGAGAAGAAAAAUGAUGUUCAUGGAACUUCAUAUUGUGAAGAUGAUGAGAUGCAAGGACACAAUAAGUCCUGUGUGUCUGAUGAUUCAGGCCAAGAGUUGGUGGAUGAGAUGGAAAAGAAUAGGCUUUUCUGGGAAGCUUGUUUGGCAUCUUGA